AUGAAUGUUGAUGAAUCGUCAAUCGUCAUUAACCCGAGAAAGAUUUAUAAACCACGGCGACGUUUCGGGCUCUUCGUUAAGACCUGUUUACACUUUUUAGGUGCGAUUUUCUUCUUCCAAUGCAUGUGAACGAGUAAAUACAUUGUGAAUGUUCUGAGUAUAUGUCUCACUGACACUGAUGUAUCCUCAUCUGAAUUCAUUCAUAACUCAUCCACUUGUUCACAUCGCAUCAGACAAAGAACAUCGCACCUAAAAUCGCAGCAGAAAUUGCAAGUGUAAACGGGCCUUUAAGAGGGUUAAGAAAACCGUUUUCUUCAAUGCAGCGCUAAACAAUAUUCACGAGCUUGGUACACUACAUCUCAACACUUAAUAUAGGACGAAGGGCCUGCAUUCAAGGUGAUAUACAAGUUUAUUUUGCAAUAUAAAUUAUCAACCCCAGUUAAAAAUAAAAAGACAUGUUUUCCAAUUUCCAUCACCCAGCUGGAAGAUGACAAUAGAGAUGAAGGUGAAAAUGUAGAAGGGCAACAAAAUAUCAAGCAAACUGUCGAUCGUCAUCCGUCAUGGUCACCAACAUUCAACCUCAAAUUCGAGUCUGGUUGUGUCAACGGUGGUUUUCCUCUAAGAAAGAUUCCUUCACGAUCAUUUCAGGCUAUCCUUGAUCCAAACCUUCCACCUGAUCAGCGACAAAACUAUCGACGUAAACCCAAAAUGCCGACAGAAGAAAAACGAUGCCAAGAAAGACAGUUACUUGUUGAUUUUGUGAGUCCAUUGGAUACUGUUUCUCGAGUGAUUUUCCCUCUAACUUUUGUUGUUUUUAACAUUUUCUAUUUUCUCUGGAUAAUGGACGAAAUUUAAACUACGAAAGCAUAAUGUAUAAAGAGCGCCCUCAGAGUGCACGUAAAUAAUCCGUAACUUUGUAAAAGAUGUAUAUGGCUACAGUGAAAAUCUGAAUGUGUUGUGGGGUGUAUUAGUAAAUGUGAUUGAGUAUACGCAAAUUUUGUUUGUCAAUUUGAAAAGACAUAGAUUAUUAUUACAGUUAUAAUAAUAUACUUCAAAAACGCAUUAAUAAUUCAUGAAGCAAUUAUCCAAUCCUGAGUAAGAAAUUAGUCACGUGCAUACGUCUUUAUACCAGCUAAAGAACACUUUAACAAAAGACCAUUGUUAUGCAAACUAUACUGAAGAUUUUUAUAUAAAGAUUUUUAAUUUAUAAAAAGAUUUUUAUAUAAAGAUUUUUCAUAUUCAGAUUUGACUUAUUAUGCAAACGUUUUUGAAGCUCGUUUUUUAAAUAGUACAUAAAGAUAUUACUCGACUGUGAUUGGUUGAUUUCAGUGCAGUUAAUCCCAAACAGCAGUGUAAUUUUCUGUAAUCACAGUGCAAUUUUCUGUAAUCACAGUGCAAGUUUUUGUAAUCACAGUGCAAUUUUCUGUAAUCACAGUGCAAAAAUCUGUGACAAACUGCUCUGAUUGGUGGAAAAACAUUGUGAUGAUUAAAUCAACAAAUCAGUUCAAAGCAAUUUAGUUUAAAGAAGUAAUGGUCACAGAUUGCUCUCUGAGAUUGCUUCAAAACAAAACAAACAUGGCGUCGCGCAGCGCGCUAUACAAAGUAAAAGUUGCCUUCUCGUGGAAAAUAUAGCUUUUAUCUUUAUUUUAAAAUGGAAAAGCAUUUACCUUAAACAAGACUAACAAAAAUUACAUAGUUGAGUGGAAUUUUCAAACUGUUAGCGUUGUAUAAUGUGAUAUAACAAAGCCAGGAAAACUUUGCCAGUGGAAUGUUCGCUAUAAACGCGUAAAUUAAAACUACAAUUGUCUAGAACAUUUUUAAGUAAAUUAUUAAUAAGUAAUAGCAUGGAUAAUAUCCAUGGUAAUAGCAUGGUUUCUCGUGAAAUUUGGAUAAAAUUUGAGGUCUUUGAAAAACUCACUCGUGCAUGUUAAUAUAAUCCAAAUUACACUCGAAACCAUGCUAUUACCUAUACUUAAACUUAAUGAGAACGCCGGGGUACCUCUGUCGAUACAUUUGACAAAUCAAAUCAAAACUACGCAACGAAUUACCCUGCAAAGCAGGCGUUAGUGGGUUUGGUUCACUCAGUGUUUGGUUAUCCUUUUUUCAGGCUAACAACGAAGAAGCCAUAUUGGACCAACGUCGUUCCAUGUUUUUUCGUGUGGGAAAAGCCUGGGAUCGAUGUUGA